AUAAAAGCCCGCACGCACAGCAUGUCCUAUCAUUUGGUCAGCAUGGACAGCCGACAGUGGUGGUUCUGGUGGAGGCGGAUCCCUGCUUGGAUGUGGAAGAAACUGAUAGCCGUGCUACCAACAGUUCUAGCUGGCCUUAAAAGCUACUCGAGCCGACUCAGAGAGAUGGCUGAAAUAGCAGGAGCCGAAGCGGGCGUGUUGGCCAUCAGUUUAAUAGUUAACAGACAGCUCCACACCUUGGAGAGGUCCAUCUGGCUGGUAGUUGUCCUGAGCAGUAUCUACGCCGCUAUUAUGCUCAGCGGCCUGCAGUACGAGCGGUACCUCAACUCCCCCACAGUCAUUUCGGUGGAUCGAGACUACCGUGGCUGGAAUGGAUCGUUGCCGGCAGUCACCCUGUGCUACUACGAUCACAUAGACUCCUUUAAGGCGAACGAGUACAUUCAGGAUGUGUGGAACGUGUCCAUUAUUGAUGAGGACUACUUCUACUUUAUGGACUUCCUGUAUGCGGUGGUCAAUGCCACUGCCAGCAACUACGCGGAGCUGGCCAAGUUUGCGGAGGACGAGCGCUUUGACCAGGUGGAUCUGUACGAACUGAUACAGCGGGUGGAUCGGCCCUUUGAGCAGGUCAUUAGCAGCUUCGAUGCCAAUUUCAAGGUCCAUGUCCAGAUGGUGAUGACAGAGCGUGGCUCCUGCUAUGCCAUCAACUCGCCGAUGUCUUCGGUGCUAAGUGGAAAACCCAUCGUCUAUGAGGAGAUGGAACAGCCGCUCUCCUGUCAGUACGGCAAGCAGCAGUGCUACAUUCGCAUGGACCUAUACGAGAGCACGGGCGUGCUGGACGUGCACUCGCCGUAUGAGGUAUCCGCAACAGAGGCGAACAUUGUGGCGCUGCACAAAUCCGAUGAGAUAACUGCCUCGUUCAAGGUGCUCGAGACGGUGGCCUCGAAAAACCUCUACGAACUGAGCGUGGCACAGCGCAAAUGCGUGUUUAACAACGAGGAGACAUCCAAUCUGAAGAUUUAUAGCAAAUCCCUUUGCCUGGCUCGCUGUCGGGCUGUGAUGGCACUGGAGAUGUGCAAUUGUGUACCCUUCUUCUAUCAGUUUGUGGAGGGACCUGGCUGCAAUCCGGCGGGAUUCGAGUGCCUGCUGGACUUCAAGUGGCCCAUCUGGGCCCUGCACAUAUGCAAGUGCCCGUCGACGUGCACGGAGAUCGAGUACACAAUGCAGACGGUGAAAAAGAGCUCGUGGGGCGUGAAGAAUAACGACGAGGUGGCGAGCAGUGAGACGGCUACCUCCAGCUUCCGAUGGGACCUUAUUCCGCCCAAGGUGCGCAUGCGUCGUGAUGUUGUCUACAGCUUUGAGGAUCUCAUUGUGUCCUUUGGCGGGGCAUUGGCCUUCUUCGUGGGUGUCAGUGUGCUGGGUCUGGUGGAGAUGGGCCAUGUGCUUUUCCACAACAUGCUCCUAGAUAUUUCCACUCUAAUUCGCUGGGUCUACACUCAGGCCAGACGACACAGAGUCAUCCACAGAGAGGUUGCGGAGGCGUCUACAUCUAGGCACCGUCAUAGCCAGCAGCGUCUCUCGUUGGCCGACACAGCGGAACUGCCGCCGUUCGACUAUGUGAAUUGAUAAGCGACAAUUAGCUUGCCAUCCAAAUGCGGUCAAAAGUUUAAUGUUACCCGCCAUUUGCGCCGGUAGGAGGGUGUACAGGGCUGGGCUGGUUUUGGGGCCAUAUGCUGGGGGUAGAAAACGAUGUCGCCGGCAUAGACGUUGCCCAGUUGCCGCUCAGUCUUCGACGCGAACAGUUGUAUGUGGUCUCUAUCCAUCCCAGUUGUGAGCUCUCUCUUGGUGCCGUGAUUAACAGACAGAUUUAAGGUUUCUCCCUGAAUGAAAGAAUGACGGUGUGAUCAAGUACCGUACCCACCGAGAGAUAUGCAAAUACAUUGUUCCUGACAUAAGAUAAGAUAACUGCUGCCAUUCCAUCCUCGAGCGAGCGAGUCAGACGAGGUAGGAUUAGUGAACGCUGGAUACAACAGACAAACCAAAUAUAGAGAUACAAAGAGUCGAAA